AUGGAGAUCCGGUGGUUUAAGAAGACAGACUGUGUUUGUGUCUGUAAGAACAGACAGGUGACAGAGGGGAGACGUUACGAGGGCAGAAUGAGUCUGUUCACUCAGGAGCUGGAGAGAGGAAACGUCUCCUUACAGCUGAGAGACUGUACAGAGUCAGAUAGAGGACAUUACCUGUGUCAGGUCACUGAUGGAGACAGAACAGAGGAGAUUACAGUAGUGAUGGGACCUUCAGCACGGAGAGACAGAAAAUGGACAGAAGAUGAGAGAAUAGAAAUGGAGAAAUCUGCUUUAUGUGUUGAAUAUAACAUAGAUGACAAACAAUUUUUUACUGAAUAUAAAAAUAAGAUCAGAAAACUGGAAGAAAUUGAAAAGGAGCUAAAAAACACUAAACUGGAACUGGACAGCACGUCUAAAUCACUGCAGCAUAAAGACCAACAGCUGGAGGAUUAUAAAAGACAAAUAGAGAAUAAAGAUACAGAACGGAGAAACAGAGAGAAAAUCAUCGAGGAGAAAGACGCACAACUAAAAGAUACAAAUACAACACUAGAGAAGACGAGUAAAGAGCUAGAGGAGAGAGACAGAGCUCUACAUGAGAGAGAUCAACAACUGAAACUGAAAGACACACAGAUACAGGAGACACAAAUACAAGUGGAGGAAAAGGACAACAGACUUGUGGAGAAGGAGAAAAAAUUAAAUAAGAAAAAUGAAGAGCUGAAGAUUCUAAAAGAACGUUUAGAGACUAAUGAGAAGACGCUUUCUGAGAGAGACGCAGUGUUAAUGGAAACUAAUAAUAAACUUCAACAUGCUACUGAACAAGUUAAAGAGAAAAUCUCACAACUGGAGAAUAUGAACAAACUGCUGAGUGAGAAAGAAACACAGCUGAAGAACACAGAUAAAGAGCUGGAAACCAGUAAAAACAACGUGGAGACACUGGGACAGGAGCUGCAGGAUGAGAAGAGACAACUACAGGAGAUGAUGAUCGUAUUGGAGCAACAGAAAACUGAGUUAUCAGAAAAAAACAAACAGCUUGAAGAGACAGAGAGACGUCUAACUGAGAGAGAGACACAGCUAAUGGAGAGAGACAAACAGCUUCAGGAGAAAGAGAGACUUCUAGAGGAGAAAACAAAGCAGCUGCAGGAACAGACAGAUCCAGAAUCAUCAGCCCUCAUCAGGAGAAGAAACAGCAAGGAAGGGUUACAUCCAUAUAUGAGUGGAGAGACUCAGGACUCAGCAGCACCAAUCAGGAGAAGAAACAGUAUGGAGGGAGGUCGUCCUACAUUGGGUGGAGAAUCGUCUAGUCCACAUUCUCCAGUGUCGGUUCCUGUAGCAGAACUGAGGCUGGUGCUGCUGGGGAGGACGGGGUCUGGAAAGAGUGCAGCAGGAAACACCAUCCUGAGCAGAGAGGAGAGGAACCAGGCUGCUACAUCUACAGCUACAUCUACAUCCACCCAGCAGAGUGAGAGCACACAGGGGGAGGUGGCUGGGAGGAAGGUGACUGUGGUGGACACUCCUGACUGGUUCUCUCCUGGACUCUCUCUGGAGAAGCUGAGACAGGAUGUGGGACUCUGUGUCCAUCUGUCUGCUCCAGGACCCCACGCCUUCCUCCUGGUCAUACCUGUUAAGCGGUCUACAGGAGAGGAGAGAGGGAUGCUGGAGAAAAUGGAGGAGAUUUUUGGAGAGAGAUGUUGGAGAAACACCAUGAUCAUAUUCAGUGUUACUGAUGAACUUCAGAAGAAGAACAUUGAGGAGUUUAUUCAAUCAGGAGAUCAGGAGGUCCAGAGACUAGUGGAGAAAUGUGGGAACAGGUUUUACUGUCUUAACAUUAAUGAGAGUGGAGAUGGUUCUCAGGUCUCAGACCUGCUGGAGAAGAUCGAGAAGAUGGUGGAAGGAAGCAGGGAGAAAUUCUACAGCAGUGAGAUCUACCUGGAGACAGAAUCUCAGAUUAGAGCGAUGGAAACUAAGAUCCUGAAAGAAAGAGAAGAGAAAAGGAUGAAAAAGGAGAUGGAAGUGAAGGAAAAAAUAGAUAAGGAGGUGCAGGACUCUCUGAGAAAAAUUAAAGGAAUAAUCCAGGAGCAUGAAGGAGACAUCAGACAACUGAAUGUUCGAACAACUGAACUGGAGAGAAAGGUGAAAGAAGAGAGAGAUGAAGAGAAAAAGAGAGAACUUGAGAGGGAGUUAAAAUGUGAGGUAGAGCGAAGGUCAGAAAUGGAAAAAAAGCACCAACAGGAGAUGGAGGAGAUCAGGAGGGUGUAUGAAGCAGAGGUCAGGAUGGAGACAGAGAAAAACCUCAUGAAGAUCAUCCUGCCUGAACUCCAGAGAAACAUUUUGGCCUCAAAAACAAAGAUGCAGGAAGAGUUCAGCAGACAGAUGGAGGAGAAGAACAGAGAGCUGGAGACUCUUAAACAGAAACAUUCAGAUCUCACAGAGGCUCACAUUGUGCUUGAAGAGGUUUAUGAGAAAACUGUGAGAAGCAGCUCAGAGUCAGAGAGAGCAGCUGUAACAGGAGAAGCAUCUAAGGGAAUUUCUCAGAAAUUUAAAGAAUUCUUUUACUGAAUAACAGAGUUUAUAAAGCCACAGACACUCACCCAGUCAGAGACGAAUGUCCUAUUCUCACGGGACUAGUAUUACCUGGGGACCUCAAGGUUGUCUGUGAUCUUAAUCCUGUGUGAAUCGGCCAUGUCUGUAAUUUGUAAAGUAAAAAUUCCUCCGCAAAUGAACUACCAUAUUUCAGCGAACACUGAGGUCCUGUGAUAAUAUUCUAUCAGAUAUAUGUUAUCUAUCAAUUUUUUAAGUUUUUUUUGUUUGUUUGCUGCGCGCCUUUUUAUUAAUCUUCCGUGAAGAAU